CUCGUUUGUUGCGCAACCAUUCCCUUUUCCUUCAACUUCUCACACAGGCGGAGUGCGGGACGAAUUGCGAUUGUGAUUCCGACGCCGGCAAAUGAUGAUGCGGAAGUCUUUGACCGCCGAAGAGUCUCAAUUUCUUCUCAGUUUGCUCCGAUCCGACCAACGCCCGUUGGAUGAGAUCGUCGCCGAAUUCUCCGCCAAGUUCCCUCGGCACCGACUUUUCACUCUCUCAGCUUCUCUAUUACUCCUCUUGGAGGAUAAGAAGAUGUUGCAUUCUACUGAACGUUUGAUUGCAUUCACAAUUCUUCACCAAGGAUAUUCCUUCCAACAGUCCUCCAUACAUCCAUUCAUUUCUUCCUUGAUAACUGCUGCAUGCGAUGAAGGAGCUGAAAAUGUUGAGAGGGGAUUGAUUUUCCAGUUGUUAAGCUCUGGGAGCUCUGGUGGCAGCAAAGAGUUUCUGAGACAUUCUGCAGCAAGUUACAUCAAAGCUUUUGAUCCUUCAGCUCAUGUUUUACCCCAACGGGAACAGUUAGAGCAUCAAUAUGGUGAUAAAGUCCAUCCACAAUCAAAUAGUAACUUGAUUAGAGGCACUUCGGUGAAGAAUAUAGUUGCUGAUCCUGAUGUACCCAAUGGCUGUGAAGCAGAUUUACAAGAGCUUGAUCUGCAACCUAGAGCCAAGCCAAAAGUUGGAUCUGGAGAUCGGGUUGAAACUAUAGCCGGAUUACUGGUGAACUUGUCACCGGAGGGUUUAACUCCUCAAUGGAUUAGGCCUUGCCCGCCCUUGAUGCCGGUGCAUGACAGUGAGCUAGUAUGGCUCAAUGCUGACAACAACCAUGAGCUUGUAUGGGACCAUGGGAUGUGUGCUGAUACCAGCAGGGGAGCUGCUGUAAGGGACCUGAUUGCAAAAGCCUUAAAGGGACCUCUCGCUCCGUCGCAACAGGAGCAAGUCCUUGUGGAAUUGACAAACGACCCAAAGCUCGUGUAUCACUGUGGGCUCACACCACGCAAGCUCCCUGAGUUGGUGGAGAACAAUCCUCUCAUUGCAGUUGAAGUUUUGACAAAGUUGAUAAAUUCACCUGAAAUUUCAGACUAUUUUACAGUGCUUGUGAACAUGGACAUGAGUCUUCACUCAAUGGAGGUGGUCAACAGGCUUACAACACAAGUUGAACUUCCAAAGGAAUUUGUGCGCAUGUACAUAACCAACUGCAUAUCUUCCUGUCAGAACAUAAAGGACAAGUAUAUGCAGAACAGACUAGUGAGGCUGGUUUGUGUCUUCCUUCAGAGUCUGAUCCGAAACAGAAUCAUUGAUGUAGCCAAAAUCAAUCUGCAGAAAACAGCGACGUCGAGGAGGAAUCAGCGGGAAUUUCAAGCUAAGGCGAAUAUUCGAUCUCUGUUUCUCCAGCACCACCACUCUGCCCAAUCGACUGUGAAGAUCCAGGAAAUCGCUCCCCACUGUGUAAACCCGAAUCGUGAAGCUUGCAGGGCUGCUCCUCAUGGAAAUGCAAACCGAAACAACGUUGGAGAAGGCGACGGCGACGGCGAAGAUCAGCACCACCGCGACGCCGGCCACGGGGACUGUAUUACAGCUACGAACAACAACGAGUCCCGCCAACCACCACCGCCACCAACAAUUCCCCCGGUUUUCGAGAUGGAGAACGAAGGGCAAUCGUACACGCUAGAUGAAGGCCUGGCGUCGGUUGGGUUCGGGAAAUUCCAAAUCCUGGUGCUUUUCUAUGCUGGGUUUGGUUGGUUUGCCGAGGCAAUGGAGAUCAUGAUCCUGUCCUUCGUUGGUCCUGCGGUGAAGUUGGAGUGGGGACUCUCUGCUAACCAGGAGAGCCUUCUGACUACUGUUGUGUUUGCUGGUAUGCUGAUUGGAGCUUACACAUGGGGGAUUAUCUCAGAUAAAUGUGGUAGAAGAGGCAUGUGGAUGGUUGUCUUCACGACAUUCUGGACCGUUGGAACUGUGUUUGAAGCUUUGCUUGCUUGGGCCGUGCUUCCAAACCUAGACUGGAGGUGGCUGCUUGGAUUUUCUGUGAUACCAUCUUUCUGUCUACUGCUCCUCUAUGGAAUUGCACCAGAAUCUCCUCGGUUUCUAUGCCUAAAGGGAAGAACAAUAGAGGCACGCCACAUUCUUGAAAAGAUGUCUUUGCUAAACCGCACGAAACUGCCACCUGGCACGCUUGUCACCAAUGGUCGGAUUGAAGUGGAUGAAGAAUCCGCUCCUUCAGAGCACCAACCACUGCUCUCUGCUGCUAAGAAACAGAUGAAGGAAUUCAAGUCGAGCUUCUCAUCAUUCUUCAUGCUUUUCUCUCCAAAGCUGUUCAGGACAACAAUACUCCUUUGGAUAAUUUUCUUUGGAAACACAUUUGCAUAUUAUGGGAUCAUAUUGCUGACUUCUGAGCUAAGUCAUGGAGAAGGCAAAUGCGGGAUGAGUCUCUUGCACUCAGAAGGACAGAUCGAUGAUGGUAACAGCCUGUACAUAGAUGUGCUCAUCACUAGCUUUGCUGAACUUCCAGGGCUUCUUUUGUCCGCACUCAUUGUGGAUCGAUUUGGCCGCAAGAUUUCCAUGGCGGUCAUGUUCUUCAUGGCGUGGCUGUUCCUGAUACCAUUGGUAAGCCAGCAAGCUCCUUUGGUCACAACAGGGUUGUUGUUUGGAGCUCGAAUGUGUGCACUUGGAUCCUUCACUGUUGCUUGUGUCUAUGCACCAGAGUUGUAUCCAACAUCUGUAAGGGCAACUGGAGCGGGAGCAUCGAAUGCAGUGGGAAGAAUAGGAGGGAUGUUGUGCCCACUUGUGGCAGUUGCACUAGUGACAAGUUGUCAUCUAAAGGAAGCCAUUAUUCUGUUUGAGAUAGUAAUUGCAAUAUCAGUGGGUUGCAUUAUCUUCUUCCCAUUUGACACAACUGGGAAGGAACUUAGUGACAAUGUUGUAGCAGUAGGGUCAGAUCCUAAAAAGGAUAUUCAAGAUGAAACUUAGUUCAUUUCCCCCCCUGUCUUCCCAACUCUUCCUUUCAUAUUCCUGUCUCUGUGUCUAGCUUCGUCUUUGUAUAUUAGAACACAUAAUACACAAGAAGAGAAAAGGAAAGGAAAGACAAUAUAGGCAGGUUGAAAAAAAUGAGCGACUUAUUCUGCUGCCCAGCAGUAAAAUGGUGCACAUUGUAUCAAAAUUUGCAGAACCCUGGUACUUGUUUUUGGGUUGCAGCAUAAUGUUCAAUGUAUAGUGUGUGUAUAAGUUGGUAUUUAUGUAAACUUAUAUGCACAGAGGGACUCUUACAUACGCAUUCAUGAAAUGUUACCUUAGAGUUUACCUUGUGAAGGAUGAUCUCCAGAUUUGGGUUCAUGAUGAAUCCAGAUGUAGGUAGAUUGAUCAAGU